AAAAAAAUACGUCUUUGUAAUUUUUCUCUGCAAUGUUCGAUGAAAGGCUUGUUGAUAAUGAUUGUGGCGAAAAAGAAGUUCGUCUGUUGGAUUGAAAAUGUUAUCGCUAUUCUUUAGCAUACGUGAACCGUGAGGGAUGUGUGUAUUAAAAUACGAUGAUUAGGUGAAGAAGGGAUGCUCUGGGUUACUGAUCAGUUGCGUAGCCGGCUCAGGCCUACGGAGGUGGUGUUUCAACAAAAUAAAAAUACCAAAUCACGCAUUGCCGGAUAAGUCUACGUUACGACUUGGAUUUACGUUUGUUAACUGACCUGUGUGAUAGCAUUAAAAUCUAACAAUGAGUGCAGCUCAGACAGAAGCCCCACCUGUAGUGGGCUCACAUUUUUCAUUGCACCAGCCACAGAAUCACCCAUCAGCUACUAUUGGUGUAGCCUCAGCAUCACAACCUUUCUGGAAUGGCCCAAGUCAAAUGCUAAAACUCCCCACACCUGUGUCUGCAGAUCAGCAGACUAUACAAGAGGCACUAAAUGGACUCGAUAAAGCUGUAAAAUCAAUGGAAGAAAUGGGUCUUGAGAAUGAUCCUCGUUAUAGUCAGCUGCUGGAGCUGAGAAGUCAGUGCACCAGUGCUAUUUCAAUGCCCAUGUCACAUAAUGUACACAACAACUUGGAUAAGCCACCAUUCAGUGGAGACCAGGUUUACCAACUUCGAGCACAGAUAGCAGCCUAUAGGCUGUUAGCACGUAACAUGCCACUUACUGGACACUUGUCAGCUGCUAUACAGGGUGUUCGGCAAGGAGGAUUUCCUGUGCCUGAUACAGGCAUGGCUGCGUGCACCCCCAGGACACAGUCGAUCUCCUCAGCCACAGCAUCAAUACCUGCAACAGGAACAGCUGCUACGGGAACGACACCUUCAUCAGCACACACUUCUGCAUCAGCUCCGACAGGAGCCUCUUCUGCUUCAACACCAAAUGCUCCUCGUGCUGCUGCCACUGGCCAGUCACUUCCUCAUCAGAACCGUGUGACUCCUGUCAGCAAACCAGUUGGCAUAGAUCCUCUUGUGCUGCUUAAUGAGCGGGAAAACAGAUUAGCAGCACGGAUAGCUCAUAGAAUCGAGGAAUUAAAUAAUCUGCCAGCUGUAAUGCCUGAUGACUUAAGAGUCAAAGCUGAAAUUGAGCUCCGUGCACUGCGGCUUCUCAAUUUUCAAAGGUCCUUGCGAUCUGAGGUUAUAGGAUGCUUCCGCAAAGAUACAAUGUUGGAAACUUCAUCUUUCUUAAGGAACCUGAGACGUACAAAGAGACAGACACUUAGGGAGGCCAGAGCAACAGAAAAGCUGGAGAAACAACAGAAACUGGAAGCAGAGAGGAAGAGACAACAAAAGCACCAGGAGUACCUAAAUGCUGUUCUGCAACAUGCAAAGGAUCAUAAAGAAUACCAUCGUAACAACACUGCAAAGAUACAACGUCUCAACCGUGCUAUUAUGAAUUAUCAUGCCAAUGCAGAACGAGAACAAAAGAAAGAACAGGAGCGAAUAGAAAAGGAACGAAUGCGGCGGCUAAUGGCUGAAGAUGAAGAGGGAUACAGAAAACUGAUAGACCAAAAGAAGGAUAAACGUCUUUCAUUCCUAUUGUCACAAACAGAUGAGUACAUUGCAAACUUAACAGAAAUGGUUAAGCAGCACAAGGCAGAACAAAGCAGAAAGCAACAGCAACAGAAAGAAAAAAGGAAAAAGAAAAUGGAAAAAAAGAUGCGUCGUGCUAUGGAACCAGAAGUUAUUGCUAGUCUUGCAGCAGAAAAUCCACAGACUACUGAAAUAAAAUAUGCUGUGAUGGAGUCAUCUACUGGCAAGAUUUUACGAGGAGAGUCGGCACCUGUAACCAGAAACCUGCUCUCAUGGCUGCAGGUUAACCCUGGAUGGCAGGUAAUUUACGAUAGUGACCAUGAAGACGAAGGAGGAGAAGAUGGAGAGGAUUACUCAGGCUCCAGCGAUGAAGGAGAUGAAGGACUAACUGAUACAACAAAGAACCGAAGGGGAAAAGAAUUUGGUGACAGUAUGUCAGAAGAGGAGAGAGCACGUGCUGUAAUUGAGAAAGCCAAAGCUGAAGAUGAUGAAUACAAGAAUUACACUGAAGAACAAACAUACUACAGUAUUGCUCACACCAUAACAGAAAAGGUAACAGAACAAGCAACUAUCAUGGUGAAUGGAAAACUGAAGGAAUACCAAAUAAAAGGUCUUGAGUGGUUGGUCUCUCUCUAUAACAAUAAUUUAAAUGGAAUUCUGGCAGAUGAAAUGGGUUUAGGCAAAACUAUACAAACUAUCGCAUUAAUAACAUAUCUGAUGGAGAAGAAGAAAGUCAAUGGUCCCUUUCUUAUUAUAGUACCAUUGUCAACUUUAUCCAACUGGGUACUUGAAUUUGAGAAAUGGGCACCUUCCGUGAUAGUUGUGGCUUACAAAGGGUCGCCUGCAGUGAGGCGUAACAUACAAAGUCAAAUGCGAGCUGCAAAAUUCAAUGUGCUACUUACCACAUAUGAAUACAUCAUUAAGGACAAAGCUGUACUGGCAAAACUGCGAUGGAAAUUCAUGAUUAUUGAUGAAGGGCACCGAAUGAAAAAUCACCACUGCAAACUGACCCAGGUUCUGAAUACAUUCUAUAUUGCUCCACAUCGAUUGCUCCUGACAGGAACACCACUGCAAAACAAACUUCCAGAACUCUGGGCUUUGUUAAACUUCCUUUUGCCCUCUAUUUUCAAAUGUGUCAGCACAUUUGAGCAGUGGUUUAAUGCACCCUUUGCAACUACAGGUGAAAAGGUGGAGUUGAAUGAAGAAGAAACCAUUUUAAUCAUUCGGCGGCUUCACAAGGUCCUGAGGCCAUUCUUAUUGAGACGAUUGAAGAAAGAAGUUGAAGCACAGUUACCGGAUAAGGUGGAAUACAUUAUAAAAUGUGACAUGUCAGGGCUGCAGCGGGUUUUGUACAGUCAUAUGCAAAACAAAGGUGUUUUGCUUACUGAUGGAUCAGAAAAGGGAAAGCAAGGUCGAGGUGGAGCUAAGGCUUUACUUAACAUCAUCAUGCAGUUAAGAAAAUUAUGCAAUCAUCCAUUCAUGUUCCAGCAUAUUGAGAAAGCCUAUUGUGAUCAUAUUGGAUAUCAGGGAACCGUUGUUACUGGGCCAGACCUGUACCGAGCAUCUGGUAAAUUUGAACUUCUUGACCGAAUUCUUCCAAAGCUGAAGGCAUCAAACCAUCGUGUGCUGCUAUUUUGUCAGAUGACACAGCUUAUGACAAUAAUGGAGGAUUAUUUGGGUUGGCGUGGCUUUCAGUACCUCAGACUGGAUGGGACAACAAAAGCGGAAGAACGUGGUGAACUGCUGAGGAAAUUUAAUGCUCCAGACUCAGAAUAUUUUGUUUUCUUGUUGAGCACCAGAGCAGGUGGCCUUGGAUUGAAUCUACAAUCAGCAGAUACUGUCAUUAUCUUUGAUUCUGAUUGGAAUCCUCAUCAGGAUUUACAAGCCCAAGAUCGAGCCCAUAGAAUUGGGCAGAAGAAUGAAGUACGUGUGCUUCGUUUGAUGACAGUAAAUUCAGUAGAGGAACGUAUUUUGGCAGCUGCUCGUUACAAGCUCAACAUGGAUGAGAAAGUUAUACAAGCUGGAAUGUUUGAUCAGAAAUCAACAGGCUCAGAAAGACAGCAGUUCCUAAAGACUAUUCUACGACAAGAUGAAGCAGAUGAUGAGGAAGAAAAUGAAGUUCCUGAUGAUGAAACUGUGAAUCAGAUGAUAGCUCGAAGUGAAGCUGAAUUUGAUGUUUUCCAAAAGAUGGAUAUAGAACGCAAGACUGAAGAAGCAAAGCCUCGUCUCAUGGGAGAGGAGGAGCUUCCUGCAUGGCUGUUGAAAGAUGAUGAGGGUGAGUGGUCUGGUGAGGAAGAGGAAGAGCAAAGAGUGUAUGGCCGAGGUACACGUCAGCGCAAAGAGGUAGAUUAUUCAGAUAGCCUCACCGACAAGGAAUGGCUGAAGGCAAUUGAAGGUGAGGAAGAGGAACACGUGGAUGGAGAAGAUCCUCUACAGGAACAGUUAGAGCGACAGCAUUCGUCGAUAAAGAAGAAGACACGCAAAAGAAAGCAUGUGGAAAUACAGGAAAUAGAGUCUGUGGAACGAGAUGAUGCAAUUGCAGGACCGUCUCGAGAGGUUACACCAGUGAUACACAAGAAACAGCGGCGCAGCCAACAGGGAGCAGAUGCCUGUGACACUCCCCAGCAAGCUGCCUUGAGACAGUGCCUGCACAACAUUCUCGGCAUUGUCAUGAACUACACAGAUCGAAAUGGGCGAAAUAUCAGUGAACCUUUUGUGAAAUUACCAUCAAAGAAAGAGUGCCCCCACUAUUAUGAAAUAAUAAAGCGGCCAGUAGACAUCAAGAAAUUGCUUCGAAAAAUUGAUCAAAACAAGUACAGUACUGUCGAUGACCUGGAGAGAGACUUCAAUUUGAUGUGCCGCAAUGCACGAAAAUACAAUGAAGAAUCAUCUUUGUUGCAUGAAGACUCUAUUGUACUGGAAAGUGUGUUCUCAACAGCGAGGCAGCAGGUGGAGUUAGAAGUACCAUCCUGUGAUUCUGAUGCAGUGGCUACAGAAGAAGUAGAAACUACAGAAGCUGCCACAGAGGGAGUGAAAGUACAUAUCAGACUGAAAACUGGUCGCAAAAGUCAUAAAAAAUUAGCAAGGAGACUUCAUCAUGAAAGUGAAGAAGAAGCUGAUGAUGGUCCCCCUUUAUCUUAACUUAACAAUAGAGGAUACUGACCAGUGAGAUUUUUAUAAUUUCUGCCAGCACUGCAUUCAUUUAACUUGAAAACUAUUAUUAAACAUGAAUGUAACAUGUUAUUAUUGCUUGGUGUGUUGCCAUCCUCAGUUUACAUUGUCUAUUUAUAGAUGUUUGUCAUAUGGAACUUUACAUAGCUUUCAGUAAUUUCAGUGCUUAAUUUUGACAUAAGCAUGAAAAAAAACCAUCAUUUGCCAAUCUACUGUAGCAAAUACUCAAGUUAUCUUUUUACAUCACUGCAAUUGAUAUUUGUUGCAUUGUAUCAAGUAGAACAAAAAAGUGUCAGAAAUUGCAAAUAUCAUUUACUUUCCUUGAAGAAUCACUAAAUCAUGCUUCAUACAAUGUUGCUUUAGUGUUUGCCUCAAAUAUAAUGUUAAUUCUGUCAUACUUCACAAAUUUCACACGUUACCUGAUAUCUAUAAUACAGGCAGAGUUCUUUGGUAGAAUAAUUUGAAAUAUUGACAUUCUAGACUGUGAGAACAGUCCCCUGUGCUGUAUGUUUCCUGGUGAAAUAUGUGCAUCCUACCAUAUUAAUUCAAUAAAUGUGAUAAAUUCUUGUUCA